UCCUAGGACCGUCGUCCGCUAUCAACCAGCCCAGUCCUCGGAUGCCGUCUGCUACGCGAUCUCAUGCGGUCCCCGUCCUUCCCGUCGAGGUAUGGGAGCGAGUCAUAGACCACCUCUGGGAGGACCAUCCAGAGCUGCUCGCAUGCUCAGCGGUCUGCAAGGUCUGGCGCCCCCGGAGCACCUUCCAUCUCCUCAGCAGAGUCUUCUUCCACUCCCGGGCCGACGUCUACAGAUUCACCAAGAACUUGAGGUCGCAGGCCGCCCACAGGGAGCAGGUACACACGCUGAUCGUGCGCGGAGACCCGAAGGAGGCGACGCGCAAGCCGAUCCCUCAGCUAGGCACGCUCGCAGCGGUGUUCGCAGCGAACCCACUGCAUGCCGACGAAAUGGGGAUAUGGCAUGCGACCUGGCAGACCAGGUCGAUACACGAGGACGUGUUCUUGCAUCUCACGACAUUUGUCUCCAUAUCGAGACUCACCCUCGCGCACGUCACCUUCCCGACGGUGCUCACGUUUGGCCGCCUCAUCUUCGCCCUGCCUCACCUGCAGACUCUGGCGUGCCGCGACAUCGCGUUCGAGAAGAACAGUCCCCCGGUCACGUUCCUGACCAGACCCACUAACAUCGUAGACUUUGAGAUGCUGUGCGGCACCCCGAUGGACGAGGUGGUCGACUUCCUGGUAGGAACGGCUGAUGUAGCGCAAGGACUGGAGCAGCUACAGGUCGCAUUCUGGGACCCUGCUCCCCUUUUGAAGGACCUGAAGGCCCUUCGUGUCAAGCCGCUCUUACAAUCUGCUGAUGACUCGCUGCUGGUGUUUGAUAUACGCUUCGGAGGGAUAGACCUGGAUUCUACAGCAGCCAUGGAAGCAAUAGACGAGCUCGAUCUCAGCUGCAACUCAAGACUCACAGAACUCCGUCUCACGCUCCAGGUGCCCAAGGUCCCUCCGGAAAGUACGGCCAUCCAGCCAUGCACCUGGCUCACCACCCUCCUCUCACGAGUCACAUCGAAAUACCUCGCGUACUUCUCUCUCGAGUUCGACAUCCGCGAUCUCGCCCCCGACACGGAUCCCCUCGCGACGCUCGGCAUGCUCUCCUCGUUUCUCACUUCGGAGGUCACGUCUGCGAUAGAUGCCUUCCUCACCGGAAAGGACACGGACGACCAGCCCAGGUUCCAGAACCUGCAGAGCGUGUACGUCGCGGUGUUCUCCGCCUCCCGAGGGGUCCGUGCAGACGAGGAGUACUGGUCCUCGAUCGUCCAACCUUGCUUCCCCAAAUUGAGGGACCGCGGUAUUCUGCAGUGAGUCUGCCCACUCACGACUGCGACUACCGUCACCGACUCCGGAGUAGCACAGCGGUGGACAUCGACCUCGAACGCUGAUCGGUAAGUUAUGUCAGUCACGACAUCACAUUUGAUUUCAGCCGCACCUGAGCGUUCAGAUAGUGAUCAGUGUCCGACCCACGAGUCUGAUUGGCCGCCACAGCACCGCCCUCAAUCAAUUCAAUCCGCUGGGCCCUGCAUACGUAUACGGGAGAUCCCUCGUGGCUCCGUAGAGGAUGCCCUGAUGUGACUCGAUCUCCUUGACAUUGUUGACCAGUUCUACGUUAUCGUCCUCCCUUUGUGAGCCCCCAUACAAGAGGACCCAGAACACAAGGAUAGAGCAUCCUCACUGUAGUGCCCACCAGUGACUGGCACGAUCGAGUGGCACCCCCGUG